UCCGUGGAAAAAAACGGUUGGCUCGAAAUCAAAUGGCAUUAAUGUGCAGAUCCCUUGUCUUGCAGCAUCUUCCUUCUCCGCCUGUAACUCCUCUUUUACGAAACUACCCCUUGAAACCGCUCAAAUUCACUAGCUUGCUGCCCUUCUCCCAUCGCUGCCGUCAGUCUCCUGCUUCCUCCUCCUCAUCCGCUCGUUGUUCUUCUUCUUCGUCGUCGUCGAUGGAAUCUCCACCGGAAGGAUACAGAAGAAACGUAGGUGUCUGUCUCAUGAAUCCUUCCAAAAAGAUCUUCGCUGCGUCGAGGUUGGAUAUUCCCAGUGCUUGGCAAAUGCCUCAGGGUGGAAUAGACGAGGGUGAAGAUCCAAGGGCUGCUGUCAUGCGAGAGCUUAAGGAAGAAACUGGUGUUCACUCCGCUGAGAUCAUCGCUGAGGCACCUCACUGGAUAACGUAUGAUUUCCCUCCAGAUGUUAGGGAGAAGCUCAAGGUCCGUUGGGGAUCUGACUGGAAGGGCCAAGCUCAGAAAUGGUUUCUUCUUAAAUUUACUGGGAAUGACGAAGAAAUUGAUCUUCUUGGUGAUGGAACGGAGCAACCCGAGUUCGGGGAGUGGUCCUGGGUGUCUCCUGAUCAACUCGUUGAGCUUGCAGUGGAUUUCAAGAAGCCAGUAUACAAGGAAGUCAUGUCAGCUUUCGCUUCUCAUCUCCAGUAACCAACCAUAUAUUAUAUAACUCACUGCUUUUGAAGUUUAUUGGCAUCAAACUCGAGAAUAAGCUCUUCUUGAAAUACAUUUGCUCCUUGAAUAAUCCCAUAAAACGAGAAAAUACAAUCAUUCUUCCCCUCUGUUUACUUAUUUGAUCUUAAAACAAAAUUUGAGAAAUCUCAGUCA